UAUACAUUUUAGAUCUCUCUCUCUCUCUCUUUCUCUCUGCACUUUCUUCUUUCAAAACUAUCUCGCCUUGUGAGAUUCAGAUCCUAUAAACGAACUUGCUAAGCUCAGAAGGAUCAAUUUUUUUGGUUUUUAAAAUCUUCUCUCGGCUUUCAACAGCUGUCUCCAUUUUUCUUUGCAAUUUCCAAGAGUGUGUGCGAUUGAUCGACGAAGAAGAAGAUUAAAAACCUCGUCUUUCUUCAAUCUCAGAGUGAUUCUCAAAUUUUAACCAUCCAAAGUUUGUAUUUUUUUUUGUUUCCCUUCUAUCUCUUCCAUUGAUUUCACUUCAAAAGCAACGAAAUCUCGAUUAGGUAUUCCUUGCAGAGAUUUGCCUCCUUAGUUCUCCAGAACUAUUUCUUCAUUUCCUUUUGAUUCUCGAUUUAGGUAUUUGGAUAUAGAGCUUUGGGUUAUUUUUUGACAUUGCGUUGGAAUUACAUAGUUCUGUAGACUUCUUUGUUGCAUUUUUCGAAGCUCACCAAGUUUUAGUAGACUUCAUAACCGUAAUUUUGGAUGCUCUGUAGCUGAAGAUGCAACCUGAUCAACGCAAAAAGUCAUCAGUGGAGUUAGAUUUCUUUACGGAGUAUGGUGAAGGAAGCAGAUACAGAAUAGAAGAAGUAAUUGGUAAAGGAAGCUAUGGAGUUGUCUGCUCGGCUUACGAUACACACACUGGAGAGAAAGUUGCCAUCAAGAAGAUCAAUGAUAUUUUCGAGCAUGUUUCGGAUGCAACUCGCAUUCUCCGUGAGAUCAAGCUUCUCAGACUUUUACGCCAUCCAGACAUUGUCGAGAUCAAACACAUCUUGUUGCCCCCUUCAAGGAGAGAGUUCAGAGACAUUUAUGUUGUCUUCGAGCUCAUGGAAUCUGAUCUGCAUCAGGUUAUUAAGGCUAAUGAUGAUUUGACUCCUGAGCAUUACCAGUUUUUCCUCUAUCAGCUUCUCCGUGGCCUCAAGUAUAUACACACAGCUAAUGUCUUUCAUCGGGAUCUAAAACCCAAAAACAUAUUGGCAAAUGCUGAUUGCAAACUCAAGAUCUGUGAUUUUGGACUCGCAAGAGUUGCUUUCAAUGAUACACCAACUGCGAUAUUCUGGACUGACUAUGUAGCUACUCGAUGGUACCGGGCGCCAGAACUAUGUGGAUCCUUUUUCUCAAAGUAUACACCGGCAAUAGAUAUAUGGAGUAUCGGGUGCAUUUUUGCAGAGCUCUUAACAGGGAAACCUCUUUUCCCGGGGAAAAAUGUGGUCCAUCAAUUGGAUCUGAUGACUGAUAUGUUGGGAACUCCAUCUGCCGAAGCCAUUGGAAGGGUGAGGAACGAGAAAGCUAGACGGUACUUAAGCAGCAUGAGGAAGAAGAAGCCUAUUCCUUUUUCACAUAAGUUCCCACAUGCUGAUCCUCUCGCUCUUCGUCUUCUCGAAAGGAUGUUGGCUUUUGAACCCAAGGAUCGGCCUACAGCUGAAGAGGCACUUGCAGAUGUAUACUUCAAGGGCUUAGCUAAGGUUGAAAGAGAGCCCUCUGCUCAGCCUGUCACAAAGUUGGAAUUUGAGUUUGAAAGGCGGAGAAUCACUAAAGAAGACGUUCGAGAGCUCAUAUACAGAGAGUCUCUGGAGUACCAUCCAAAGAUGCUUAAAGAAUACUUGGAUGGAUCAGAGCCAACUAACUUUAUGUACCCUAGUGCGGUGGAACAUUUCAAGAAACAGUUUGCUUACCUCGAGGAACACUACAAGAAUGGUACGACUCAUAAUCCCCCUGAGAGGCAGCAGCACGCAUCAUUACCAAGGGCUUGCGUAUUGUACUCUGAUAACAAUCAUCCAAUGGCACAACAGAAUUCAGCUGAAGUCACUGAUGGACUUUCCAAGUGUAGCAUUAGGGACGAGAGACCUCGAGGUGCAGACAGGAAUGCCCAGAUGCCAAUGUCGAGAAUUCCUAUUAACGUCCCUCAAACAAUCCAAGGUGCUGCAGUAGCUAGGCCUGGAAAAGUAGUUGGGUCAGUGUUACGCUAUAACAACUGCGGUGCAGCCACAGGCGUUGAAGCUCUUGAACAACAGCGUAGGAUGGUUAGAAAUCCAGCUGCCGCUUCGCAAUACCCAAAGAGGACUCAACCUAGCAAAAGCAACAGAGCAGAUGAAGAUUGUGCCGCUGCCGAAGGUCCAAGCAGAUUGAAACCAAACACUCAGUAUAUACCACAGAAAGUGGCUGCAGCACAAGAUACUGCAAUGAGUCGCUGGUACUAGACAUUAUGUUUUGAUCUCGUUGAAGCUUUACCACAUAAUGUCUUACCGAGAACUAAAGGAGAAGGUCCAUUGAACCAUCCAUCGCAUUAUCAAGAGAGCGAAACAUGAAGAGAGUAAAACAUGGCUUAAGUGAGAUGAGAGAAUGAAGGGUGAGAAGAUAAAAGAAGUCUUCUUAUAUAGCUUCUGUCAUGUAUCCAUAGUAGCUUUGUAUUCUUAAGACAAACUUUGUUUAUCGAUGUUGUAACAGUCAUAUUGCCUACAAUUCUUAUAACCCGUGAACUCA